GCCUGGUGGGCUCCAAAGACAGCUUUUUUAUUUACAAACCGACUCUCACUUCGCAGCUGUGAUCCGCCACCACCAAGCAGCAAGCGACCCGACGAUGCGUAGCGAGGAUGGCGCCAGCAACAGUCAGGAGAUCUCCUUAUAAGGAUUUCCUACAGCCCGCGCUGCAACGGCGCUUUGCGACAGCGAGCUUGUUCGUGUUGGCCAUCGCAUACCUCCAGGCGCUGUUCUUGGCGAAUUGGAACUCUUGGUUUUGGUCUUGGUUCCCCUUAGGUCCUACCGGUUUUCGCGCCGUCUCCCUUUUCUUCUGCGGCAUCAUAGUCAUCAUCCUCCGAAUCUCACAAUACCACCCCGGGCUACGCACAUCCGACUCGGGCGUCCACACCUUCUUCCGCUAUGCGCCUAAGCUAGAGACCGCAGAGACAAUUCUUACCUAUACGCUGUCUGCGUCCAUCUUCAGCUUCAUCUACCUCUGGUCGCUGUCGGACACGUCGGGGCUCGAGUUCAUCACGUACUUCACCGCUGACAGGGCGAGGCUGAACGAGAAGCCACUCUUCCUCAUAUCCCACUUGGUGCUGCUUGGGGCUUACCAGGCACUGCAACACCUCUUCAGGGAUGUCGACCGGCUGUCUCUCGGGGUGGCGAGGCCACAGAAUGGGAACGGGAAGCCCGAGGAAGGGGAUGUGUCACACCAGGUGCGCCUAUUUAGGGACCAGCUCCCUGCGAUGCUGAUAUACACGCUCAAUCACUCGAUAAUUGGCAUGAUUCUCAGCGUCAUCCUCUACCCGCUGACGGUGCGCGGCGCGGUCUGGAAGACAACCCUGGUUUUCCUCCGGCCCAUCUACAGUCUGCCUCGAAGCAACAUGCUCCCGGUCUCGCUGCCCUACUCCCUCCCUGCUCUGUUUCGCUGCUUCCUCGUGGGCCUAGUUCUCAUGUUCGCCUGGACCGCCGCCAACACGGCUUUCUCGCUCUUCCUGGUUAAGCACCCGCUAAAGAACGGGAAGCCGUUGACGUCAGAGUCGAAGGACCCGAACGGCAGUCUCCUUAAUGGGUUAAAGAAUAAGAAGCUUUCUAUCAAGUGUUUCGCCAUGUGGGAACUGGCGUUCAUCGCCCGCGAUUUCGCCGACCGCCGCAAGUCCAUCUACGAAGACAUCGAGCGGAAGGACGGGCCCAUGUGGUCACAAGUCUACAAAAUCUGCCUCGACACCAUCAAAGCCAUGGAAACCAGCAUGGACACCUACAUCGCGCCGCCCGCGGCCCCCGCUUCCGCCACUGAUAAAACCCCUGAACAACUACAAAAAGAACAGCAAAAGGCCCGUACUACCGAAGCCCCACGGGACGAAGCCAUCUUCCAACCCAUCCCCCAGCGCAAGGGCCUCCGCAACCAGGUCGAAAAGGCCGUCAACCAAGCGACGCUAGCACCAGGCCAAGGCUCGCAGCUCUCCCCGGCCGCGAAGCGGGUCGUCGAGUCCGCCAAGCAGCAGCUCCUCAAGGCCCAAAAAGAAGCCACCGGAUCCGAGGACACGCAGGGGCUCUUCAAGGACGCCGCCCUGCGCGUGCUGCGCUCGCCCGCCGGCUGGCCCUUCCGGCAGCACUACCGGCGGCGCCUCGCCCACGCCGUGCUGGGCGCCCCCUACGGCGAGCCCAGCCUGUACGUCAACACGGCAUAUGCCCUGUCCGGCCUCGCCGUCCACUCGCUGCGCGAGGACAAGUACGGCCACGUGCAGCGGGAUGUCGCUGCCGUCAUCCGCGCGCUGACGGCUGUGACCAAGAAACUGGAGGGGUUUGGCGAUGCCCUGGCCGCCCACUGGACCGAUGUCGGUGGGGAGAGGACGUGCCCCGAGGUGGAGGAGGUGCUGGCCGCGCUGCGGGAUGCGCUGGGGAGGCUGGUGGAUGCGUUCGGGCCGUACGCGAGGGAUUUGAGGUUGAGUUUGGCGGAUAUGAGGAUGGCGAGGGAGGCGGCUGGGAUGGUGGGGGCGGAUGGGGAGAUGAGGGAGGUUGGAAGGGGUGCGAGUUGAUUGUGGUGCUUGAGGAAAGGGGGUGGAUGCUGGGGUGUAUCAUAGACGGAUUGGGGGUAUUUGGGAGUAUGGCUGGUGUAUUAACAUUUGGAAAUGGAUAAUGAUUUUGUGUUUUG